AUGUCACGAGGAUCCGUCAGGGUCGUUCUUGCUCCUGUGAUCUUUAACAUCUAUCUGGUCACUGUGACUCUUCUCUCUCUCAUAUGGAACCCAACGACGGAAUACGUAUCCGAUAUCGCUUUGACGGAAGUGUCUUCAAUGCCCGACGUCACAAAGCUAAGACUCUGGCUUUUACCAUUCCUGUCUAUGAACUGCAAUAUGCCGACGAUGCUGUUAUACGAAUCUUGCGCAUUACAUUACAUUAAAUCCCGCACACCGAAGGUCGUCAGCAUCGAGGCCAUCAUACGACAGCAACUUCUGCGUUGGAUUGUGCAUGCUGUGAGUAUGUCGGGCAGUCGCCUCCUAAAAAUUGCAUUCUACAGAGAGCUUGAGACCGGCAGCCGCCCACGUGGGGGCCAAAGAAACGGUUUUGGGACUACCUUAAACGUGUUCUUGUCACCUGCAAUAUUGACCCAACACAAUUGGAGAAUCCUGAAGGGGAUAGGGUCGGCUGGCGGUCUCUCUGCGUCACCGGAGUGGCGCACUUCGAGGAGGAGAGACGAGGAAUCCUCGAGGAGAGGCGACAUCAGCGUCAUCUGCAGCCUGCCAACUGUGCCCAAGAGCUUGUCUUUCGCGGAUCGGACUGCUGUCUCAAUUGGCAGCCCGCAGAAGACGGACUGA